AUGAGACAUCGUGAAGUGUAUGAGUGGUUUGUCAGGAAGUGUAAUGUAAAUCUGAAUAGCACCUGCAUCACUAGAGCAUUGAAAGCUACUAGGAAAGUGGUAGAGGGGGAUGAAAUUGCUAAGUAUGGGUUAGUAUGGGACUAUGCUAAUGAAUUGUUGACAAGUAAUCCCGGGUCUACAGUUCAAGUUGCUGUAAUCCCGAUGCCAGAGGGUCCUCCUCAAUUUGAGAUAUUAUAUGUGUAUCUUGAUGCAUGUAAAAAAGGUUUUAAAGCUGGGUGUAGACCGAUGAUUAGAUUGGAUGGGACUUUUCUUAAGACCCUGCAGGGUGACCAAAUAUUGACUGCGUGUGUUCAAGAUGCCAACAAUCACAUCUUUGUCUUUGCCUAUGCAAUUAUGGAUGUAGAAAAUAAAGACAACUGGAAAUGGUUUCUGGAUCUGUUGCAGUCAGACCUUGGCAACUACAAUGAUAACAAGUUGUGCAUCAUUUCAGACAUGCAGAAGGCUUGGCAGUAUCUUGAAAAGUGGCCAAAGGAAGCUUGGACGAAAGCGUACUUCAAUGAGGAUCCUAAGAAUGACAACAUUUGCAACAAUGCUUGUGAAUCAUUUAAUACUAAAAUCAAGCAUGAAAGGACCAAGCCUAUUUUCAAGCAUGAAAGGACCAAGCCUAUUUUGACUUUGGCUGAAGAGGUGAGAAGAAUAAUCAUGAAGAGCAUGGUCGAUAACAAACUCAAGUUGAGCACUUAUCAAGGAAUUUUACCCCCGGUUCAACAAAGCGGACUAAAAGUCAUGACAAAGUUAUCUAGUCACUGGGCUCCCCAAUGGUGUGGGAAUGAUAAAGAGGAAUUAUUUGAAGUUCAUGGCUGGCCCACAAACAUGGUGGUGGACUUGGAAAAGCACACUUGCAGUUGUACGUUCUGA